UUUCCAGGUUCAUCAGGUGUGAGUUCGUCAUCGGUAUCUUUGUGAGGUCUUUCGGUACCGGGCGAUCCACUCUGAGGUGGACCGCCUCCUCCUGGGCAACCACAAUGCGGACACCCUCGAGAUGGAGAUCCUGAUGGUUGCGGGUGAUGUGGUGAAGGUAACGGAGGCGGCGGAGUUGGAGGAGGUGGCGGAGGAGGAUGUCCCUGCCAAUAGUGACCACCAUACGGACAUCCUCCCGGUGGUGGACAAUGGGGAGGUGGUGGAGGAGGUGGUGGUGGUCCAUGUCCCUCCCAAAAGUGACAUCCAUGUCCAUGGGGCCGAUGGUGGGGUGGUCCAUGUCCGCCACGAUGGUGGUGAUGAUGGCGAGGGGGCGGCGGACCUCCAUGUGGGUGGUGUCCUCCUCCAGAAAAUCGGCGACAGGGCAUCUGAUCAAGUCUCAGACUUAUUUAGCAAAGAUCUAAAAGAAUAUAAUAGAAUAGUAUAA